AUGGCCAGACACACAUCGCUCGACUCCGAAAGACCAAUCAUGGCUCAAUCUAACCGGACGUCGAAGAGAUUCUCGACUGUGAGCGGGAGUCCCUCGGUUGCGUCAUCGGAUCUCUCGAGUCUGCCCAGUGGAGAUCCCCGACUGGCCGACUUUCACCAUCUGCGGGACGGUUUGGAGCGAUUGGAGAACAAGCCCCUGCUGAAGCAGCGCUUUGUUCCUACCCCCGAGAAGAGCGACAACCUCAGCAAAUUGGCGCUAGGAGCGAAAGUUGAGCGCGCCCUGGACCGAAGAAUGACAGGCCAGGAUGCCAUCAUGCGCGAGCCCACUUUGAAUGAGAAGGCCGUGGUCGACUCGACUGCGUCCCCUUGA